CAGAUGAAUUGUGAUUGGUCCGCUCGGCUCCAGGGGCGUGGCUUGUAGCUCUUCCUGGAAGUUGUUGUUUUUUUUUGACAGCACUUCUCUCUGUGCCUUUGUAUCAUAAUACACAAGAUAAUAUACUUCAUCGGCUUAUUACGAAUGUCAGACAGAAUGGCUAUAUUCAAUGACUGCUCAGUGGUUCUGGACCUGAAAAAUGUCCCUUUUAAAGAGAAGAAGAAGUUGAUGACUGCUAUAGUUGAUAAUGGAGGAAACAUAUCGUAUGUAGUGAACCAGAAGUGCACAUUUAUGGUUGCGAGCAGCCUGGAGAACAUAAGCAGCAGCAGGUUGAGGAGUGUUCAGAAACACCAGACACCCGUGGUCGCUCAGCAGUAUGUGUGGAGCUGCCUUGAGAAAGGACUGCUGUUACCUGUUCAAGAGCAUGUCUUAAAGCCACAGAGCUCAGGAAUCACACCUGAACAAGCUGGGUUGAAGUCCAUUUUUCAGCCUUGGAUCGAAACCAGUAGUAUUUAUGAGAGAGCCAAAACUCAGGUGAAGGAUGGCACGUACCUGGGCCAGUUCAGAUUAUACAAGGAAAAUGAUCGUGAUAUUCCAGAAUUUCCUUCAGAUUUCCAAGUUGCCAAGUACUCCAUUUUGUUCAAGUCCAACACAUGGUCAGUUCUGGAGCUUCAGAGUGCCAAAAGCCAAGCAGGACAGCAAUAUCGUGUUGUGAGCUCCAUCAUGCACGAGAUAGAGAAGAGUGUGGUGUGGGAUAAGCAGGUGCACAGCUGUAGCUCUGAGGAUGCUGUGGAUGCGUAUCUGAUGCUGAACAAGGAGCUGCAGGUCCAAGGCUUCACUCAGACACAAACACUUCCCCAAUGGGCUGAAAAUCUGACCUCUCACAGCCUCCAGCAGCUUCUGUUGGAGGAAAGGCUUAACUGCAGCACAGUCUCACAGGAAGUAGGCGGCUUUGUGGAACUCAUCUGGACAGAAACCCUCGGUUCACUUAGCAGUAUCCUGACUGUCCCUGUUACCAGCAUCAGUCUCAAUGAUGUGAGCAGGGUGGAAGGAUUACUGCUGCAGGUACAGAAAACACAGUGUGAGGAUGAAGUCAAUGGUCUUCUGGAUGAAGUCAACACGCUGCUUCCUCUUAGGAUAAUAGUGCAAGGCUCAAAAAACAAGCUGGUGUCAAAAAAACUAGACAUCUGUCAGCUUAUCAGAGAUAUUCUGAACAUGAUGGAGGCGACAUUGGGAAACCCCUAUCUAUCCUCUCUGGGGAAAUAUCGUGCUCUGAGGUGCAGUAUUGAGCAGGUGCCAUCUCAAAGCCCAGAGUUUCUGUCUGUCUGCCAGCUUCUACAGGACAGGCCAGCUGAGAUUCAGCAGAUACUGCGUGUGAGUAGAGGAGCAGAGCUUCAUAUGUUUAGAAAUGAACUCGGCAACAUUAAGUCUCUCCUUCAUUCCACUGCUUCCAACAGCCUGGUAGGAAUCCUGUCUCGAGGUCUGUUGCUGCCCAGGGUUGGAGUAGAGCAGCAUGGGAUUGAAAGAACAGAUAUUGGGAAUCUAGGAAGUGGCAUCUACUUCAGUGACUCAUUAAACACCUCAGUCAAGUAUUCCAAACCCAGUGUGACGGAUGGUUCUCGACUCCUGCUGGUGUGUGAGGUGGCUCUGGGUCAAUGUAAAGACCUGCACAAAAGGGAUUUCACUUUGACCUCUGCCCCUGAAGGCUACAACAGCGUGCACGGAGUUUGCCGUAAACAAAAGACACACUCUGAUUUUGAGGAUGAUGAAUAUGUGGUGUAUAACACAGACCAGAUCAGGCUGAAAUAUGUAGUACGGUAUGUUCUACCUGAAGAUGAAGUGAAGGACUUUCAGCCUGAUGUUGACAUGACUCUAGCACCUCUACCUUUGGCUUCAUCCUCACACUUCUUGAACGCUGAUGAUGGUGAGGGUUUAGGAGUGAUUAAGAACUCUCUGGAGGGGGUCACCGCCGGGUUAUUGGACGGUAACGGUCAGACGCUCCCCCUGCAGGCAGUACAUGUGAGAUGUAAGCUAAUGGACCUUCUCUCUCAGGUUGUCAUUUUCCAGACAUAUAAAAAUGACAGCAAUGUUCCUAUAGAGGCAAAGUAUGUCUUCCCUCUAGAAGAGACAGCUGCAGUGUGUGGAUUUGAAGCCUUCAUUAAUGGAAAGCAUGUUAUUGGAAAGGUGAAGGAGAAGGAGCAGGCACGUAAAGAAUACAAGCAGGCUAUAGAGAAAGGCCAUGGAGCCUACCUGAUGGACCAGGAUGCACCUGAUGUGUUCACCAUCAGUGUGGGAAACUUGCCCCCUGGAGCCACAGUGCUGAUCAAAGUGACCUUCAUCACUGAGCUGGUUGUGAGAGCAGGCACCAUCGUCUUCUCCCUGCCAGGCAGUGUAGCUCCAUGGCAGCAAAGCUCAGCAAUGAACCAGAGAACUCAGACGACCGUUGAAAAGAUCUGUGUGAACGAGCUUCCGCCAAAAGGAGAGUUCUCUCUGUCCAUGUCUAUCGAGAUGCCCUAUGAGAUCAUGAACCUAGAGUCGUCUCAUCGAAUCAAAAUAAAGAGGACGGAUUGUAAGGCCGUAGUGAGCACAUUACCAGAACAGACACUCAGCACCGAUGGAUUCCGGCUCAGCUUUACGCUGUUACAGAUCCAUAUGCCCAGAAUGUGGGUGGAGAAACAUCCAGAGAAGGACACUGAGGCCUGCAUGUUGGUGUUUUAUCCACACUUUGAGUCCAGUGGAUUGUCUGUGUCUGGCGUGAGUGAUGUGAUCAUUGUACUGGAUACGUCAGAGUCCAUGCGAGGAGAUGCCAUGCAGAACGCACGCAGGAUUGCUCUGAAGGUGCUCAACUCACUGGACCGUUCAUUAAGAGUCAAUGUCAUCUCAUUUGGUUCUGAUUACAAGGAGGCUUUCCCUUCACCGAAUUUGCUAGAGGACGUAUUUGAAGAAGCCAAGAAUUUCAUUAUGUCCUCGACUGCUGUUGGUGGCAGCACUGAGCUUUGGAGACCCCUGCGCACCCUGAAUCUGCUGCCUCCUUCACGUGGUGUGAGAAACGUGUUGCUUAUCUCUGAUGGACAUGUGCAGAACCAGCCUCAAACCCUGCAGCUGGUGCGAGACAACGUCCGACACACACGUCUCUUCACCUGCGGCCUCAACCUGACAGCUAAUCGUUACAUGCUGAGAGCUCUGGCUCAGGCAGGUGGAGGAACUUAUGAGUUUUUUGACACCAAGACAAAGUACAACUGGGCUGAAAAGGUGAAUUCUCAGGUGAGGUGCAUGGUAUCACCAGGCUGUAGCUCUGUGGCAGUUAAGUGGCGGCAGUUCAACCCUACAGCUCCCUCUCCUGUUCAGGCUCCCUCACAGCUCCAUGCUCUCUUCAGUGAACGUCACACUUUGGUCUAUGGCUUUGUCCCACACUGCACUCAGGCUACACUGUUUGGUGAUCUGAGUGGGCAGGAAAUUGAGACCAUGGUUUCUACUACAGAAUUACAGAAGACAAAAGGAACAUUCCUUCACAAGCUAACGGCAAGAGCAAUCAUCAGAGACUAUGAGGAUGGCAGCCUUGGCACUAGUGAGGCAGAACAUGAGGGGAAGAAAGCAGAACUAAAGUCCUACAUCAUUGAGCUCAGUAAGGAGUUCUCCAUCCUGUCCCAGUUUACCAGCUUCGUUGCUGUUGAAGAGAGAGAUAAGGAAAAGCCUGACUCCGGCUUUACUGACGUGCCUAAGAUAAUUGCAGAGGAAGAUGUGGAUAUUCUCCCUUACAUGGGAUGGAGAGAACACAGACAGAGGAGUCAGGAGUCAGAAUCACCCGACAUUAUCGAUGCCUCUGAACUUUAUGUUGGGUCCUGCAAACUAUCUGUACCGUGUGACACUUAUGACUCAGAAGAAUUUUGUGACGCCGAUGAAUUUUAUCCUGAGGUUGAUUAUAGUGAUGUGGACACAUAUGAUGAUUGCUUAGGAUUUGGAUUUUUUGAUGCACCUGUAAUGGAAGAUGUCCAACCCACUCCUGAGUCUCAGACACUUCAUGCAGACAUUACAUGCACAGCUUCUAUUGAGCCAGAAGGAUCUCUUCCGUCAGAUUCCGUCUAUUCCCUUUCAGAAUCCGUGACUGUUUCUGACGGACACGUCCCCUUGGCCUAUCACUCUGCAUUAAGUGUAAAUACAUCUGCAGGUCUCAUGCUUGCAGCAAACUUAGUUUCAGCUCCUGAUACUGUUGAUUCUCACCUCGUUGCCUCAGCUAUUCCUGUUGCACUUAAUCUUAGUACUAGAAGCAAUGAUUCCUAUCAGUCUUCAGAAGUUUGUUUCUUUCCACCCAUUAAUGAUUUUGCAAUGCUGCGUUCUCUUUCUCCUCCUCCUGCUCCUAAAGAUAGAUUUAAAUUAAAAUCAGCUUCUUACGGUCAUAAACAUGACACACCCUCUCAAUUUCUUUCAACUCCUUCUGGUCCUUUUAGAUUGUCUGCUCGUCGUUCAAAUAUGGCUGGCUUUGGACUUUCUCGUUCUCGUUCUGAUGUUAGUUCUGAAGACUCUCCUUCUCCUGGUGUAUACGGUUCUUCAGAUUAUAUUAAAACCACUUUCGGAGUCCCUCCACCUCCCCAUCUCGGUCUUGCUCGUUGUCGAGCCUCUAAUUCUCUUCCUUCCCCACCUCUUCCUGGUAUUAUUGCUUGUUUUGAAGCUUCUGCUCCUCCUCCUCCUCCUGGGGUUAUUGCUGAUUUCGCAGCCUCUGCUCCUUCUCAUUCUGGUGUUAUUACUCAUUUUGCACAAUCUGAUUCUCUUCCUCCUCCUCCUCCUGGUGUUAUUGCUGGUUUUGGAGCCCCUGCUCCUUCUGGUGUUAUUGCUAGUUUUAGAGCCCCUGCUCCUCCUCUUCCUGGUGUUAUUGCUGGGUUUGGAGCCCCUGCUCCUCCUCCUCCUCAAGGUGUUAUUGGUGGGUUUGGAGCCCCUCCUCCUCCUCCUCCUGGUGUUAUUGAUGGGUUUGAAGCCCCUGCUCUUUCUGGUGUUAUUGCUGGUUUUGGAGCCCGUGAUCCUCCUCCUCCUCCUCCUGGUGUUCUUUCUGGUUUUAGAGCCCACGUGUCUUCUGUCCAGUAUGAUCUCUUUGAUCAACCUCUACACACUGAGACAGAUGGUGAGGUCAGUGAAAGUCAGAGAAAACAAAAAUUACAUUUAGUGAGGAGCCACCACCUUAAUGAGGUUCAAAGCACUCUUCAUCUUGAUGACAAGCUGCCACGCAGCUUCAGAAAAAGCUGCUUAAGAAGACGAUACAGACGACCUGACGGGAUCAACUGGGAUGAGCUGUUUAACCUUCAACACCAGGAUGGUUAUUGGGAAUGUUCUGGGACACUAAGUAGAUUCCUGGGCCUGGAUAUGGACUUCCUCACCAAUGUGUUCCUGAAAGAGAAAGGCAUCUGUUCUUUGGGUGAAAAGGCUCAUGCUGUCAUCCUGAAGAUGGUAGCCACACUGCUGGUGCUGCAGUUGAUCCGAGUGAAGAAGAUGGCUGACGGGGAGCUGUUACAGUCUCUCUUCCGCCUCGCUGACCACCCCGAGCCCAGGCCAGCCUGCUGGGCAGCACUGAAGAAGGCAGUGGAGUGGGUGUGCUGGGCAGAAAGACAGUACCCAUGUGUGUACAGCAGGCUAGAGUUCGGCUGGGACUGGGAGUCGAGCACACGCCAGCUGCUGGGACUGGACCCUCUGCCUCCAUUCUCACCUCUGAUCCCUGUGCUCCAGAGAAGUACACAUCUGAAAGUCAUGUAGGCAUGUGAAGGCCAUUUAAUUCAGUUCACUUCAGUUUUAUUUGUAUAGCGCUUUUAACAGUGGACAUUGUCUCAAAGCAGCUUUACAGAAGAUAAGAAAUACAGUACAAAACGUUUAUUAUACAAAGAUCAAUAUUAUACAAAUGUCCAAGAUUAAUAUUAGACUCAUAUAUAAAUGUUUUUGUAUUUAUCCCCAUAUUUGCAUUAAGUGUUAAGACUUACAACUUAAUUCUGUUAUCUUUAGAUAAUUUAGCAGUGCUUUGUAUACUCUAUUUUGACACGGGCAUUUUGUCAAAUGUUCUAGAGGAAAGGUGUGUUUAAAGAUGUUUACACAUGAAAGAAGAGCAGUGAGUGUUGUCAUGUGCUUGAUGUUCAAAGGAAGAGAAAUCAUUGUCAGUGCUUCUCUGUGUAUCACCAGUUUCUUAUAUUCUAUUUCUGUUUCCUGCAAUAAACAAGUUGGAUGUUCAUUUAA